CCAAGUCUGUUGAGGAGACACCGGUCUGUAUCCAAAACAUGAUUCCCAAAACACUCACCUUAAACAUUACCACUGACGGUGCCUCUCGUAACAGUCUAAACAGGGCAGACAACGUCAGUGCUAAAAGGCGUCGGCAGAAAAUAGCCGCCACUCGGACUAAAUCAGAAUCUGAAAAAUUCGCUCUAAUGAGGUCGACUCGCAAAAACAGUCUUUCUUCUAGGCCGUUGAAAAUGCUUUCCAACAAUGUGCAUUGCAGGAGUAAAUCCUUUUCAAGCAAAGGUGGGAAUGUCAUCAUGGAGGAAGAACUGGAUCCUGAAAUGGAUGAAAUUCGAGAUGACUUCCGGGCGUGUCUUCAGAUGAUUCAUGCCGAAAAUGAGAUGAGCAAACUCUAAGGCACCGGGUUGUUACCGCUUUUGUUUUAUUUAUAACUUCUGAUUUGUUGACCAUCAAAAUUAUUCGAAUGAUUUUAACUAAGAGGAGAAG